GGAGGACGCAUUCACUCGUCGUCGACUACAGUAAUAACAACACAAUACACCCAAUGGUAUUAUCAUGGUCUUACGUGCUUUUACAUUUACAUCUCCCUAAAAGUGAGACCCUCUUGUACCUCGCUCAAUUCCAGUUCGUUCCAUUGUAUCCCAGUUUUACUUUCCAUCCGGCCACACGAAGCUGCCUUCAACGCGACGUAAGCGACUCGCUGAUCUCAAAUGCUUUGUGGUAGUCGUCUGACGGAGAACCGAGGUCUCUCUCCAAUCUCAGCUCAACUCAACGCCGACUUGGUAAUUUUGGAUAAGUAAAAUCUCCCAAUUCCAGUACACACACAAGACCAAGCACAUACAUGCCACAACAAAAAACAAUCAUCAUCAUCACAGAUAGAUACCAGUAUAAGAAGAAACUUGUGGGAUCCAUUGCCACUCAGUCUGUGAAGACAUAGCAGACUGGCAGAAGUUGCUUAAUUAUUAAUGGAGAGAAAGAGACUCUUGUCAUUAAUGCAUCAUUAAUUGAUCGUUGAGUCAAUUACGUACUUACGUCAACCCAGCCAAAAAUAGCAAGCUGUCUCAUAAAUAUUUUCGAAAUCUCCACUGUAACAUUGACUAAGUUUUUACUGGUUUAUCGGCUUCUGCAAAGUUCGUACAUAAUAACUUGAACCCAGAAAAAUAUUUGACUUAAACAAAUCCUCAAAUUUUUAGUGGAUGUGAAAUAAUAAAUAACAUUUGCUAUAUACAGUUUUGUGUUAUAACAUUUGGUGACUUGACUGUGACAGUAUUAUUACUUAAUUGCAAAAAUUGCAAUCAAUUUAUUAAACUGAAAAAGUGUUAAAUGGUAAAUUAUAUACUAUCAAGUGGAACAAUAAUUACCUCGAAGCAACCAAAUAUUCCAUCUCAUCAUUCUCUAGUCAAAAAUACACUUCAUAUAUAGUUCGAGAUCAACUGGGUUUGGUCAAUAACAAUGCUACCAUUACAAGGAAGAAAAUAAUAGAAAAUGCAUUUGAAAUUAACUUGGAAUGAUUCCAACGACCCUGGUCGACUCUGAAUUGUCAAAGAAGAAGAACAAGAGUUCCUUCACGACGGUGACGACGACGACACAGACGACGCGGACGAAGAAUUGUCCGAGUUAUUGUUAUUCGACUUACACCUCCUGCGAAAUCAAAUUAUUAUGAUGCCUUUGGCACCCACGUCCACGGAGUUACCGGCUGCCCACCGACCAAAGAUUGGUUUCUCCAUCGAUUCCAUCGUUGGAGGAGGAGGAGGGGGUGGGUCGACGAAUCUCUCAGCAGGUCACAGAUCUCAUCGUUCAGGUUCCCUUACCCCACCCUCCCCCGAAGUCCUCCACAGAGAUCUCUGCCAAAACAGGGUCCCCCGAGGAGACACUGGCUACCACAUUCACAAUCACCUCCACCACCACCAUUUGCUCAACAACAACAACAUCCACCACGCCCCCACCUCCCACAACAACAACAAUCAUCACCAUCGCCCCCCCUCACACGGGAGUGCGGGGUCAGUUUCCCCACCUCCGAACCACCGCAUCUCCUCCUCCAGCAGAGAAAACUCUGUCAGUGUUAGCAACAACUCUUCCACGAAUGGUAACAAUCGUUCAGCCUCAGUCAAUUCAAACACGUCGGCGAGUAGCACCCCACCCAUUCAGUCCAAGUCUCCACUAGUGUUCUCCUCUCCAAACCAACUUCCCCCUCCUCCCAACAAUGAUCAAAUGCAUCACCACUCGUCACCCCCAAAUGUGCAGGGUCACCCUCCCCCCGGGCUUCCUCCCCAUUUUGCAGCCUAUCCUCCGGGGAUGCUCAACUUUGCGGUGCAAGCCGCAGCCGCAGCAGCCGCUCAGUCUCACCAUCACCCCGGACUGCCCUGGAUGGGGCCACCACACCCACAUCCUCACCACCCUCAUCACCCCGGCGCAAGUGCUCAUCCACUCUACCCCUGGCUCUUGGCAAAGCAUUCUCGACUCUUUCCUCACCGCUUUGGACCAGGUCCAGAACUACCCGGGUUUCUCCUACAGCCAUUUAGAAAACCGAAAAGGAUAAGGACAGCCUUCAGCCCUUCGCAGUUAUUAAAACUGGAACAUUCGUUCGAGCGCAACCACUAUGUGGUCGGUGCUGAGAGGAAGCAACUUGCCAAUUCGCUAUCACUUACAGAGACGCAGGUGAAAGUGUGGUUUCAGAAUCGUCGCACCAAGUCAAAACGGCAAACCCAGGAGGAGGAAGCAACGAAGAAGCCUGGUAGCGGUCAUUCCGAUGGCAAUUCGGGAAAUAAUGGAAUGUCAACUUCUGCAAUUUCGGCCGACUCUUCCACGCGAAACUAUGUUGACUGUAGCAGUGAUGACGAAGAAAUUCUCAUGGACGAGGACUACUCAGAUGACGAAGAUAUUCCCCCUCAUCUGCGGCACAAGUCGUAAAUAAAUCAGUUCAUUAUGAAAUAAUAUGUAUCCUCAUAAACAUAUGACAUUAUAACAACCAGCCAAUCCUUAAUCCAACCUUACAAAGAAAGAAGCUCCUCUUAUCAAAAGUAUUAUUAUUGUAUGUAGACAGGUAAAUUAUCUACUUAAUUAAUCAUAUUACUCGUUCUUACCAUGGCGUAGGACUGUAGAAGGAUACCUAUUUAGUUGGUAGUUUAGUUGACUUAACACUAGCAUAUUUAUAUAAACCAGGAAAUAAUUCAUUUUAUAAUCCUAAUCUAUCACCCAUCAUCAUCCAGUAUGAUAGUAGUCGUUCUUAAAGCAGACAUAUGCAUCCAUACAGAAUGCAUAUUACGUGUGUAUGAGGCUUGAUCUUUAUUUUUUCCAAUUGUUAAAGUGAAUGUGUAAAAACAAAACUCAUGUAAAAACCAUCAUUAUCAUCGUACUUACUAAAUUACAAGAGAUUACGUUCAGAAAUUAAAAAAUAAAUGCUGAAUCAAUGAAAGAAUCCAA